UCCCAUUUUACCAUUACCAACCGCAAACGCGUUUUGCAACAAUUGUUUUAAUUAAUUACCCAGAACAAAAUCAAGUGAUUUUCUCCGAUAAUCAUGGUGCAAUUGAAGAAGAAACUUUCCGCCCAGAGGAGGGUGAAAUCAAUUCCUCCGAUCGCCGGCGCCGUCGAAAUGCCGGAGACCGACAUCCUCGUCAUCACCUCCGACGGCGUCCGCAUCCCUGCGCACUCUAAGAUAUUGGCUUCAGCGACGCCGGUGCUGGAGAACAUUAUAGAGACGCCGCAGAAACACCGGAGCACCGCCGCGAAGAAAAUCUCGAUUCCCGGCGUACCGUACGACGCCGUCGCCGCCUUCAUCCAGUUCCUUUAUUCCUCCAAAUGUACCGAAGAGGAUAUGGAGAAGUAUGGAAUUCACCUACUAGCCUUGUCCCAUGUUUACUCGGUACCACAGCUAAAGCAGAAAUGUACAACAGGCUUAGCAAAGAGAGUGAACGUUGAAAAUGUAGUCGACGUGCUUCAGCUCGCACGAUUGUGCGAUGCACCUGAUCUUUCCCUCAAAUGCAUGAAAUUAUUGUCCAACGAUUUCAAAACCGUCGAAAAAACCGAGGGCUGGAAGUUCGUGCAGAAUCACGAUCCCUAUCUCGAGCUCGAAAUACUACAAUUCAUCGAUGAAGCCGAAAAGAGGAAAAAGAGGGCGAUGAGGCAUAGGAAGGAGCAGAGUUUGUAUAUGCACCUAAGUGAAGCGAUGGAUUGUCUCGAGCAUAUAUGUUCGGAGGGUUGUACUAGCGUGGGCCCGUAUGACAUGGACGUGACCAAGCAUAAGGGUCCGUGUGGCAAGUUUUCGGUUUGUCAAGGAAUUCAGCAUUUGAUUAAGCAUUUCGGUGCUUGUAAGAAGAGGGUUAAUGGUGGAUGCUCUCGUUGUAAUAGAAUGUGGCAGCUUUUCAAGUUGCACUCUUCGAUGUGUGAUCAACCCGAUGAAUGCAGAGUCCCCUUGUGCAGGCAAUUCAAGUUAAAGGCACAACAAAACCGAAGAGGAAACGAUACCCGUUGGAAAUUACUAGUGAGAAAGGUUGUUUCAGCUAAAGCUAUGUCUUCUUUGUCUCUAACUAAGAGGGAACCGAGAAUUGCAAUGGAUAAUCGAGGCGUCAAAUUAUAAAUCUAGCUCGAAACGGAAAAUGCAGCGAUUUUUUUUAGAAUUCGUAUUUUUUUCGGUUUAAUCGAGCCGUGAAAUUUGUAAAAAUAGUUAAAAUGUUGUGUUGAAUGUUGAUAUUCAAGGCCAUAAAAGAGAAUAGGAAGCCAACUAGAUGCUUGUCUUUGUCUAUCUAUUAUAUUUAUUAAAUUUUAUUUUAAGAAAUCUUUGUAUUUGCAGUUGGUUGGUUAUAAAUUAUUAAUUAUUAUGC